AUGGCGUCAUCACUGAUUCCCGCGUCCAUGCAGAGCAGGUUGAUGGGAGUAUCAUCGCGGAACUUGUCAAGCGCCACUCUGACAUACCUCAAUCUUGACUUACUCAAGAACCUGGUUUUCUUCUUCUUCGUCCUUCGAUAUACCCGCAAGGCAUUCGACUCCCUCCGCGGAUAUGGCAUUAUCGGAAGCAUCAAAAGAGUCUUUGCCGCCAUUCGAUUAUGGGUUUACUACAUAUUCCUACGCGCCCCUGGUGUUCGCGGCCAGGUAGACAAGCAGGUCACAACCGCUAUCACCAAGCUCGAGGAGAAACUGGUUCGAAAAGGCCCCGGCAUUACUAGCUAUCUUACUCUUCCAAAGGAAGGUUGGACAUCUGAACAAAUACGUACGGAGAUUACUCAAUUGACUGGUAUGGAGCAUGCGAAAUGGGAAGAAGGUCGUGUCAGCGGCGCCGUUUACCAUGGUGGUGAAGAUCUUUCGAAGCUACAGACGGAAGCUAUUGGAUCUUUUGCUGUCUCUAAUCCACUUCAUCCUGAUGUUUUCCCUGGUAUCAGGAAAAUGGAAUCUGAAAUUGUUGCUAUGGUCCUGUCCCUCUUCCAUGGUCCCACGGAUGGUGCUGGUGUAACCACCAGUGGUGGCACAGAAUCUAUUCUUAUGGCAUGCCUUGCAGCCAGACAGAAAGGCCGUGCCGAACGUGGAAUUACUGAACCUGAAAUGGUUGUCCCCGAAACUGUGCAUGCCGCCUUCUUCAAGGCUGGUAACUACUUUGGUAUCAAAGUUCACCAAGUACCAUGCCCAGCACCUGACUAUAAAGUUCACAUUCCUUCGGUUCGACGAUUGAUCAAUCGCAACACCGUUCUCAUUGUCGGUUCUGCUCCUAACUUCCCUCAUGGUAUUGUCGACGAUAUUCCAGCUCUUUCACGACUUGCCGUCAAAUAUAAGAUUCCACUCCACGUUGAUUGCUGCCUUGGUUCAUUUGUUAUUGCCUUCCUCAAAAAGGCCGGCUUCCCUUCUCCAUAUGAAGAGGAAGGUGGAUUUGACUUCCGUCAGCCAGGCGUUACCAGUAUUAGUGUCGACACCCAUAAGUACGGAUUCGCUCCCAAGGGCAACUCUGUUCUGUUAUACCGCAACCGUUCUUACCGAAAUCACCAAUACUUCAUCUUCCCCGAAUGGACCGGAGGUGUUUAUGCCUCACCAUCAAUUGCAGGCUCCCGUUCUGGUGCAUUGAUUGCAGGUUGUUGGGUUAGCUUGAUGUCUAUCGGAGAGUCAGGAUAUGUUGCUAGCUGCCAUCAGAUCAUGGGUGCAGCCAAGCAGUUUGAAACCGCUAUCCGAGAAGAUCCAAUUUUGUCAGCGAACCUCGAAGUUAUCGGAAACCCCCAAGUCAGCGUGGUGGCUUUCGCGAGCAAGAACGUUGGAAUCGACACCUACGAUAUUGCCGAUGCAAUGUCAGCGAAGGGAUGGCACCUCAAUGCACUUCAAGAUCCUGCAGCGAUCCACGUCGCUUUCACCAGACCGACAGCAUUGGCUGUGGAGAAAUUGCAGAGUGAGUUGACUGAAGUGGUAAGCGCAGAGCUUGCAAAGGCGGAGGAGAGACAAAGACAAGGGAAAUCAUACGCCAGGCAACGAGGUGAUACGUCAGCCUUGUACGGUGUGGCAGGUAGUCUGCCGGAUAAGAGCAUAGUGAGCCGUUUGGCUGAGGGAUUCCUUGACACUUUGUACAAGCCGUAA